AUGAAAGAGUGGGUGGAUUGGAAUUCUUGUGAAGAAUUCCCAAAUUUAUGUGAGCUUUCACUUAGAAGUUGUCCCAAGCUAUCGGGAAAUAUACCGAAACGCCUUCCUUUGCUAAAGAAUGUUCAGAUAGAUGGUUGUGGGAAGUUACCAAUCCUAGUUUCAAACUUUCCGGAUCUACGUGAACUGGAAGUCGAGGGAUCAAAAGGGGUGGAGUUAAAAUGUUUGUGGUCAUCUGGCGAUGAGGGACCAUUGCCACAUCUCCAAUUUCUUCGUCUUCUGUACAUUGAUAACUGUCCCAAACUAGUUUCUUUGGUGUCAGAAGAAGUAGAAGCACGCCUCCAACAGGGUACGCCAUCCAUGCUCGCAGAAAUCGUGAUCAAGAGUUGCAUGGUCCUGAAAUCCUUACCAAAGGCAAUGAUGUAUAACAACAACUGUCUUCAGCUGAUUCGAAUUGUAAAAUGUGAUUCGCUAAAGCAUAUUGCAAGAGGCCAGCUACCACCCACUCUAGAGCGGCUAGAGGUAAGUUACUGCGAGAAGAUGGAGAACAUUUUGCUCGAGGAUAGUACUGAUACCACAUCUCAACUUGAGUACUUGAGAAUCGAAUACUGUCCCUCUCUCAAAUCCUUGACAUCAUGCGGAGAGUUACCUAGAUCACUCAAACACCUCAAUUUGUUGAGGUGUCCACAACUGGAGUCAAUAGCGAACAGGUUUCAUCAUAACUCGUUUCUUGAAUGCAUUGAAAUCUCAUAUUGUGAAAACCUCCAGUCCUUACCCACAGGCAUAAACACUCUCAGCACUCUACGUGAUAUUGAUAUUAAGAAUUGUAGGAGUCUUCCUUUGUCCUUGGACCGAGGGUUGCUCCCUGCCAACCUGAGAGUUCUUCAUAUAUCUGACUCUGAGAAAGUGUCGGCCCUACCCGAAGCCAUACACAACCUCACCUCUCUUGAAAAAUUGACAUUAAUGCCCCAUUGUUCAGUUGUUCCUUUUCUGGAAACAAAUCUUCUCACCAACCUUGCAUCACUUACGAUAUCAGCACAUGAUGGAAACACUGAUGCCACUUUUGAGUGGGGGUUGAACAAUCUUAUCUCUCUUGACAAACUUGAAAUUAGAAAAUUUCAGCAGUUCUCCUUCCCAAGGAUGAUGUUUCCUGCCUCUCUAACAAUCCUCACCAUCUCAGACUUUCCGAAUCUGAAACACCUAUCUUCCAAAGGCUUUUCAAAAGUCGUCCCUCUUAAAGAACUGUAUAUCUCUGAGUGCAGACGGUUAGAGUCCUUUUCAAAGGAUGGCCUACCUCCCUCACUUCUGAAACUUUAUAUCUCUCAAUGCGAAAAGCUCAGGUCCUUUCCAAAAAAAGGGUUGCCACCCUCACUGCAGGAACUUUACGUCUUUCAAUGUCCCAUGCUGGCAAAAAGUUGCGAGAAAGAUCGAGGACAAGAAUGGUGGAAGAUUGCUCACGUCCUUCGCGUUGAAUUUCAUACAAAUCUUAAUCUAAGGCCAUCCGAUCCCCUUUGA